UUCUUUAUCAUAAACAAUCCGUCCAAUUUAUUAGAGAUGCCUUUUCGUAGACGUGGUCCCGUCAUUUGAUCGUUAUUUUGCUUUGUUCUGCUCUAUUUGCAGCUUUGUUGAUCGUGUCUUGAGCAAGCGUAACGAUUACUCUAAGUCCUUCUGGCUACCACAUCAAAUUCAAUUGUAUUUAUUAAUUUAGCAUCUUAAAACUUCAGAAUAUGUAUCUUUAAGAGCUCAGUAAAUGAGUCAACGUUACAAGGAUUGCAAAUUGUUGGUUUUUGAAGAUGGUUUCCAUUCAGGAAAUUACGAACAAACUUUAUUCUUCAAAAAGUAAACCCAGAACAGAUGCUUUAAGCGAGUUGAGGGAUUUAGGAUCCUUUCUGAGAAAAGAAAAGCUUAACUUUGAAGGGUACAAGUCGCUUUUUGAUGCCUUAAUUCAUGCUUGUCAUUUCGAAAAAGAAGCACUACAACACGCUUUAAAGAAGAAAUUAAAAAAUUCGGAACUUAUUUCUGAACGUCUCCAAAGGACAACAUCGUGUCUCCGUUUUGUUAUUGAGGCAUGUUUACUAAAUUUAGAAGAACACGAAGUCUUGUAUCUCAUUCCUGCCUUGAAACAAUUAUGCUACUAUUCUUCAGGUGCACUAUGCGUGGAUGUCACUCUUGACGUUGCGAAAUGUCUUCAAACAUUAGUUUCUUUUAAGCCACACAUUCAGCAUUUGACGUUUCCUGUUUGGGAAAAUCUAGUUAUUACUAGUUGCGACAUUGUGGAAGAAUUAAUCAAUGAAGAUCAACCAAGGAAUACAUUUUUUUCCGAAGAAUUGAAUUCUGAGGACUCUUCACGUUUACGUCUCAGGCAAGAAACUUUUGAAUUUAUUGUCCUUUUGAAGAAACUUCUCAGUUGGUUUGCCGCACCAAUUGUGUUAGUACGGGAUCGUCUUCACAACCUCUUAUCCUUUUUCUUCAAGUCAUAUCCAUCUAUGACCAAUGGGCAUAUAUAUGCCUUGGAUAUUCUACAUGUAAUCAUAAGGUACUCUGUAACUACAACAGGUUUUUCUGAGACAACGGUUAAAUAUGUACAAAUGUGCAUGAAAUUGUUCGUUCGUUUACAAAGUCCAAAACGACUGAAUCUUCAAGAUAAGCUCAUUCCCUCUUUGGCCUUGUCGUUUCCGAUAUGGUCGAGACCAAGUUUUUGGCAAAAACUCGGGGCGUCAGGAGAAGAGCUUUGUACCAUGCUUUUCAACGAACUUCGUAAUCAGUUAAAUGGCCGUUUGGGACCCUUACCGAUGCAUUGUUUUUUAUAUCAAGUUGUGGACUCAGUCGCUAUUGAGACACUCUACAGACCCCAGGACGUCAUUUUUUAUACCAUUAAACGAUCUUUCUCUCUGGUGCAUUACUUGUAUUAUUUCUUCCUCGCACAUAUUUGUAUACAGCAUGAUACGGUGUUUAGAAGCCAAUUACUUGAUGAAAGCCCAACACGAAAACGAACAAAAGUAUCAGUUAAUUUUGAAGAGCUGAUUGGCGCAUGCCACGAUAACGGGUCAUCAAACAAUCUAAUUAAUCUUCAGUUGGUAUCAUUCGUCUGUCUCUUCUCUACUCAUUUGACGUCGGAUGUCAUUCAUAAAUCCUUGUUAAUAUCGAAACGAUUAUGCGAUGGAGAAGGUUCGUUUGGAUAUUGGUCAUUAUUUUUGACAAGCGCUAUUUUACAUAAUCAGCACUACUUCCAGUAUUUACAAACUGAUGAGAAAAAGCAAGUACUGAGUAUAUCCACUUCUUUUAUUUCUCACCCUAACGUACGCUACUUGGCUUGUUACAUAUUAGGCUACUCAUUUACAAAUGCUCUUCUUCCAUUUCCUUCUUUGAUACCCUAUGUCAAAGAACAGUUAUCUUUCAUAAAGACAACACCUUUAAUUCCUGUGACUGAAACUAUCUAUUAUUGGAAAUGUUUAUAUGCUAUACUCGCCGAAAACAACUACAUAAAUGUUCUGGACUUUGAGGUGUUGUUUAGUAAAUGGCUUCGCUCAACGUUACUUGAUUUAAUUAUUAAGCAAGAGAAUUUCUUGUUUGUCGACGAUGUGAGUAUCUUCAAAAUGAUGCUGGAACUCUUUUCGGAAAUGUAUAACUUCAAUUGCUCAAUAAUCUGUAAGGAAGCUCAUACAUCAACUGAGUCUGAUCUAAACAUUCUCUAUGAAUUACGCACAUUUGUAUAUACGGAUUUUAAAUUUAAACAGUAUCAUGAACAGAAAAAGAGUUUUACAAAAGAGUCAACUAAUGUUGACUACAGAUUGUGUUUUCCGACUGAUUUGUUAGUGAAGUUAGUCUGUGAACUUUUCCGUUUUCUUGAACAAGUUGAAGAUUCUUUCUUUGCUAACAAGGAAUUACGUCUUCGAAAAAUUCAAUUCAAGCAGUUAAACCACAUCUACUUUUUGUUAUGCAUUCUGGGACUGGCCGAUAACGACUCAUUUUUAAAUCGGCUUACUUCAGAGCUAAAAAAGAUUACCGAACGGUUGCAAUCGCUUCUAAGUAAUUACACAGAAUACGUUUCACAGGUGCUUCCCAUAGCAUUCAAUUUUGCUUCGUGCGAGAUCACUAAACGAAACGGUGAAAAAGUUAACACUUUGAACGCAUUGAGCGAAAAGAAUGCAGCUAUUGGUACAUUAGUCUGUGCUUAUUUGAAAAGUAUUUUCUCUGCUUACUGGGACAGCUACAUUUUAAAAGUGCAGGAUGAAUCGGCUGCAAUUGAUGAGUUUUCAAUGACGGAUGCCAGUAACCCUUGGAAGACUAAGGAUCUGGCAAAGCCUGACAUUCUUCAAAUGCACACGCUUGAUAAAGUUUUUUUGGGCCUUCAAAAAUUGUUCGUUAAGGCGUCGAUCUGCUCCGAACAAGAUUUAAAAUCGUUCUUGCAAAUGUUACCGGUCGAGCAAUACUUCUCACAUUCGAAAUACAUCUCCCAAUUGGUGUCUAGUCUGGCCCGUGAAUCAGCAGCACUCUAUGCUGAUCUUAUAGUAUACUAUGCUCAAACGAUUCUGACAAAGUACAAAUACGAACGCGACGAAAUUUAUCUUACAACAUUUCUGUGUAUAUUAGAGGAAACACUUCCGUUUAUAUCUGCACUUGAUGAGCGCGGUAAAGGAUUGCUAACCAAAAUAUACCAGUUUGUUUAUAAAGUUUGUAUUGUAAAUCGAUACGCGUCCUGUAAUUUUAGGCAAGUGUUCUUGGAAUUUACUGCUGACUGUUUGCGUUUACGAAAUGCCGCUUUUAUUCCGGAACAAAUAUUUAUCGCAAUUAAAGUUAUGUUUAAUACUGAGCUUCAUGUAAGCUUCCUUGCUGCUUCGGUGUGUUCACAAAUUCCAGCAACUCUUCCAUCUGACUCACCUAUCAAUUCUGGUUUCAAGACUGAGAUUAUUGAGUACUAUCUAAGUUUAAAAGAACAAUCUCUUACAUUGGUUCAUGUAUUUCUGUUUGCAAACAUAUUCUCUCAUUGUCACAAAUACAAAGUGGAGGCACUGUAUCUCCUAUUACGGUGUGGACAAUCCAUAGAAUUACGGUCCUUUGUUUUGUCAUUUUUUCGUUCUUUGAUGAAAGAAAAUAGAAGCAUCUUAAAGUGUUUCAACUUUUAUAUGUCUUCGCUUAUUGAUUUGUUCAUUACCUAUGAUCUAAAUUCGGUACCAGACGACUUCUUCUCGUUUCCUUAUAAAACACUAUACGCUGAUGCCAUUUCGUUCAUAAAAGACAAUCUACCUUCCUUAGCAUUAACGCUUUUAAAAAAGAACGAAAGGUCCCUGUUUAUUCUUAAUUGUAAACGGGUACAGAUUGAAAGCGAUGAUGUUUACUAUACCCUCAAACCAAUAUUGAAUUUAGAGCAGUCUAUCAACAGUUGUGUUUUGGACGGCACUGAUUUAGAAAUUCAAUAUUCGUCUCCGAAUGAAUUCAUAACAGUGUUGGAUUAUGCAUUAACGAAACUAUCAUUGAUUAUUGGACGGCGUGCUGACUUAUUGUGUGAACCUGUUGCGUCAAUUGGGUUAACACAAAUUCUUUGUUUCCUUGAUAAAUUUGAAAACGAGGAGUCUGCUACGGAAAGAUCAGAGGCAACGUUUCUUCUUAGUUUUGUUAAUCAACAGCUCUCUGUUCUUGAGCUGAAACACGACAAUCGCAUGCCCACUCUUUAUCUUUUGGUGAACAAGGUGACUGCAAAAGUCGCUAACACAUUUGACGAAGAUGCAGCAUUUUCUUGUGCUUUGCAGUUAUGUGUCGUUUUAUCGCAAUGUAAAUGGGCAUAUGAGAAUCUUUACUUUUGUAAAUCUACAUUGAUACUGCUCUUAAAACUUUACGAUGAACCCGGUUUAAAGCACUUAGUUCUUGGCUGUAUUCGAUUUAUUUUAAGUAAUGUGAGUGACAUUAUUACAAAGGAAAUCGAGUUUUCCGUUUGCUUUCUUAUGCUGCUUUUUAAAACACUGACGAUUGAGAAUGAGGAAAAAUGGAAAGAUUGUUCAAAGAAACUAUUACUUUGGUUCAGUGGAAAAGUUGAGAACGAAUAUACUUCCAUAUUUCCCUGUUCGGUUGCGAUUUUCAUAAAAUGUUAUUACUAUAACUGCAUCCAACAACAGACGACGAUUGAGGUUUGGGAGUCAGCAAUCCGGUAUUUAAUUUCUAGCCCAACACUUAUCGAAAAUAUCAUUGAGUGGCCCGGUCUUCCUGAAAGCGUAUGGGGAUUUCUCCAUCGUUGUCCUUAUUCUAAUAUUUUUGUUACAUUGGAGAAGAGUUUUUCCUUUAACAGAAAAUUCGGUGAAAUUGACUUCAUUGAUUCCUCUAUUCGCUCUUUUUUCUCGAAAACGCUAGGGCAGUCUUUUCUGUAUGAACUUCGCGUUAAUGGUCACUUACCCAAAGAACAUGAUAAAUGUCAUAAACUCGCAACGAUUGACGAAUCGUUUUUGGAAAAAAGGCAACAAAUCCAGUACUUAAUUGUUCAUUAUAUUUUGACCCAAAAGAACACAUUUGACCCUGUGCAAACGCUGCAACUUGAAAAUAUAAUUCGUCGCACUAUAGCAAGUGAUCCAGAUAAGUUAUACAUAAAGAUACUUGAUUCUGACACAUACUCUUGUUUGUGCUCAAAGGACACUACUGAUUUAUACCUCUCAUUUGAUGCCGGUUAUGAUGAUAGAUCCAUGUUUGCGAACUGGUUGAAGUUGAUUUAUGAAACCAUUCUGAAAAAGAUAGAGGAUGUCGCGUUUGUUAAUGCAAUGAGAGAUCUUCUACACUCUUUUAAAAAUUUGGCCAAUCAUCUGUUAAAAUACGUUUGUCAUCUGGCCCUUCUUUACGAAGAAUAUCACGGAAAUGACAACGAAGUUCGUACUGCUCUUGAAGAAUUAUUUAACGAAGCACUUGCAACUAGUCGAGGAUCAGAACGAGAAACUGUUUUAGAUGUUGUUUCUUAUCUACGUAUGAACAAUCGUAUCGUAGAAAGAAGACCAUUCUUUCGAAAUCUCUGGCUUGACCUUGACUUCUUUUCGGCGUCGCAGGCAGCCUUUGAGUUAGGAAGGUUGGAAGAAGGAUUUCUAUAUUUAAGCACAGCUCAUUCCAAGUCAUCACCCAAUCCGCAUUUGUUUAAGUCUGAGUUACUGAAAUUCGUUAACCAUUUACCUGACCCCGAUGUUUAUUACGGUGUUGAAAGAGAAGUCGGAUUUACAAAUAUCCUCGAAAGCAACUUGCGAGAGAAAAAUCUACAGAAUGUUGUCUCGUUAGCGGAUUCGCUGGCUCUUAGUUGUUUAGCAGAAACAAAUAAACUGCAAUCACUUAUGGCUGAAGGUCUUCACUUCAUGGGUUUUUCUUUCCUUAACAAUUAUUUUCUUGAAGGACUUCACAAAGACCAAUUGCUAAACGACAAUUCGUCUGAAUUUUAUUCUUCUUUUUGGAGAAUGCAAAGAUGGGAUCUUCCUGCAAGUAGUGAGCUUUGUACGCCAGAUGCACUUUUAUUCUCUUGUUUCCAAAAACUUCACUUACGAAAGCAGAUUUCGACCACAAAACUCAUCGUUCCUCCCAAAAUCAGUUGUAACAUGUCAGAAAAAAAGUUGGUUUUCUUUGCACAAUUAUCGGAAAUUGAGCAAGUCCUGGUCAAUAAUCAGCAACCAUCAAGAAUUAUUCGCGAAAAUCACACCGAUAUAUCCUGUCAGGAACUUGACAUAUUGGAGAUUGCAGAACCAGUUUUUUCCUGUCAACGUGUUGUGCUUAACAUAUUGUCUUCUUGCAAUCCAACACCUCAAGUGGAUAAAUGCAAUCUAUCAAAAAAUCACCUGAACGCAUUACUGAACAUAACGCAGCAAUACAUGGCCUUGGGAGCUUACCAGCUGGCUUUAUCUUCUAUCAUUGAGUGUAAUUCGCUUUACAGAAAAUACUCACUUAGUGAUGAAGCACUCAGUCUUCAAAUAGUAUUUCGCACUUCGCAGGUUCUAUGGGAAAAGGGGGAAAAACUUCAAGCUAUAAAAAUGUUAAGAGGAAAGCUAAGCACAAGUCAGUCAUUAUGCAAAAACAGCUCCGUAAUGUUUUCUGUAUUAGGUCGAUGGCUCUCGGAAACGAGAUCAGAAAAAACAUCAACAAUACUGAAACAUUAUUUCGAAAAGUCUAUAUCAACUGUUGACGGUGCUUCUGCAAUUGAAAAGGCGGAAGUAUUUAUCACUUAUGCGAAAUUCUGCGAUUUACAAGCAGAAAAUUCAGAAAUAGAUGAGAAUUUGAGACAGAUGGAGGCUAUUCUGUCUCAAAAGCAUAGUGAUAUACAGAGCAUAUCUGAGGAAGCUAAACAAACUUCGGUGCGUUCAAAUGCUUAUGAAGUGCUUCGACGUCAUUUACAAAAAGAAAUUGCAGCUUAUACGAAUGACAAAAAGGAAUAUGAGAAUUUGCUUUCUCAUCAGAAGUUACUGUUAAAGAAGAGUACAGUAAACUAUUUGAAGGCUUUAUCACUUGGAGAAGAAAGUGAGACAAUUCUUGCUCGUUUUUGUACGCUUUGGUUUUCACAAACAGAGUCGGUGGCUUUGAAUGAAGAGCUGUAUUUCCUUUUAAAUUCAUUUCCGCUUCAAAAGUUUAUUUGUGUUUACUAUCAGCUGGCGGCACGAAUUGAGAAAUCAGAAAGCAUGUUUCAAAAAUCCCUUCAAAUGUUGUGUGAGAAGGUAGCCGGACAACAUCCGUAUCAUGUAUUACAUGUCUUGUAUGCUUUGGCAAUAACGACGAAUCGCGGACAACAAACUUCGCACAGUGAACGUGAGGCGGUUGUUUCAAAAUUAAUUGCCAAACUGGAACAGGAAGGUCAAAACAAACAACUUGUUCAAAAAUUACUUCGUUGUUAUGACGCUUAUGUCAAACUUGCCAGUUGGUCGCCGCGACUAACGAAAUCAAAAAUCCCAUUAGCCCACGCACCGGUGAAGGAUGUAUUCUUAAAUGAUAUACCAUCCUGGAAAGUUGCAUCAGUAACCUCCAAAAUUCCCGUUAGUAUAGAUGGUGACUACUCAGCUAUCCCUGUAGUGGAAUCAUUUGAGCCAGUUAUUGAUAUUGCCAGUGGUAUUAAUGCUCCUAAAGUCUUAACUUUUCGGGUUUCGGAUGGACUAACAUUGAAACAACUUGUAAAAGGAGGAAAUGAUGACUUACGCCAAGAUGCAGUUAUGGAGCAGGUUUUUGGUCAAAUUAACGGCCUUAUGAAGCGGCACAGAGCUACAAGAAUCCGGAAUCUUCAAAUGCGCACUUAUAAAGUCAUACCUUUAGCGCCAAAAACGGGUAUAAUUGAGUGGGUUUCGAAUACCAUUCCCCUUGCUGUUUACCUCGAGCCGGCGCAUCAACAGUAUUAUUCCGAUGACUGGACAGUUUCGAAGUGUCGUAAAUUAAUUUCUGAAAAACAAACGGAGGACAAUGAAACGCGGAGAAAGGUAUUCGAUAUGGUUUGUAGACACUAUCAUCCUGUAUUGCGUUAUUUCUUCUUCGAGAAUUUUAUAGAACCAAAAAUUUGGUUCAGAAAUCAAACUCGGUACUCAAGAAGCACAGCAGUUUCUUCCGUAUUAGGAUACGUUUUAGGCCUUGGUGAUCGACAUGGACAUAAUAUAUUGCUUGAUAUAAGUACUGGGGAAGCUAUCCACAUUGACUUGGGGAUUGCCUUCGAGCAAGGGAAAAAGCUGCCAAUACCGGAAAUUGUGCCUUUCAGGUUGACUCGGGAUAUUGUCGACGGAAUGGGUGUUACUAAUAUUGAGGGUGUCUUUCGAAAAUGCAUGCAGCUAACACUUGAGGUUUUACGGAAGGAAGCAGAUUCUGCGUUGGCAAUACUUGGAGUGUUGCGUUAUGACCCUCUGUUUUCAUGGCUUUUGUCGCCAUUAACUCGACAAAAGAAAAUUAAAUUAAUGUCAACCAGAGACAUUAAAGAAAAAGAAGACAACGGAGCAGGGAAAUCGGGCAAAAGGACCUCUGCCUUUGGAACGCACGGUGUAGAAGCUGAACGGGCAUUGCUGAAAGUUCGUCAAAAGCUAUCAUCAGUGCUUUCUGAAGAGGCACAUGUCAAUGAAUUGAUCAACGAAGCAAGAGAUCCAUCUAAAUUAGCCUUGAUGUUUUGUGGCUGGUCUGCAUUUCAAUGAAGGUUAAGUUUUAAUAUGAUUUAGUAUUAAAUUUUGUAAAAGUAUAUAUUCUAGAAAUCAGAGCAACACAUACACGAUAAAUAAAAUAAAGAAGAUCUCUGCAAAUGUUCAAAUUUACCGCUAUAACAAGUUUAUACGAACG